UAUUCUCAGACAUUCAAUCAUGAAAAGUCUUGGUUGCUGCUUCAGCCAUCCUAGGAUUAGAUAGUUUCCGACUAUCAACUCGGGAUAGCUGCAUUUCUUACAUGAUGGGAUUCGCAUUCUGAUGGAACACGAGGAACUACUGGAUCAUCAUGCCUGCCAGCUUUAAACUGGAACCCACCCCAUAUCCUUUCAUGUACCCAGAAAAUGUGGCUUGAGUGGUUCACAUUUUCCAGACUUUUUCUUAAUCAUGCAUACAUAUUAUACUGACAUGUGAAUCUCAUCACAAAAGUGUUAUAUUGCUCUGAUUCAUUGGAUACUUCUGCCUUUCCAUGAGUAUAUGACCUUUUAUUUUUUUAAGAAACCCUAUAUUAUCUUCAUUUUUCUCCUCCUAUAAAAGUUAGAGGCUGAUGUUUCCCUUGCCUCCACACUUCAGAGAAAUGUUAUUUGACAACGCUUGUACUGGCGAUAGCCGGGUCAGCCGUGCUGCUGCUGUUGUACUUGGGAAAAUCCGAUGGGGGCUGAUGCUGAUCUUGUCUGUUUUUAUCUAUGGCUCCCAUGCACCGCUCCUGACUCUCAGUAAAGAAAAUGGCCAGAUCCCAUUCAGUGCCUCCUCUGUGGUGGUUUUGAUUGAGUUAACCAAGUUGAUGCUCUCACUAGCCUUCCUGAUGAUCCGGGGCUGCGGACAACGAAAACUAUCUGUGUCGUGGCAUCAUGCUGCUCCCUUUGCCCUUUCAGCAUUGCUCUAUGCAGCCAACAACAACUUGGUAGUUCAUUUGCAGCUGUUCAUGGAUCCUAGUACCUUCCAAGUGCUCAGCAACUUGAAAAUUGGAAGCACCGCCCUCCUAUUCAGCAUGUUCUUACACCAAAGACUGACUGCCCGCAAGUGGCUAGCUCUUUUCUUGUUGAUUGCUGCUGGAGCCUUUUAUACAUAUGGAGGCCUGCAGGACCCACAGCACAUGCCUGCUUCAGACAUGCAGCUGCACAUCACCCCCAUUGGCUUAGUGCUGAUCUUUCUAUAUUGUCUGAUCUCUGGCCUUUCAGCAGUCUACACUGAAGUUGUCUUGAAGACCCAGGAUCUGCCUCUUAACCUCCAAAAUGCAUUUCUCUACUUUUUUGGUGUUUUGCUGAACAUAAUCAUCCAUCUGUCAAGCAGCUCAGGGGCUGGGUUCCUAGAGGGUUUCUCAUUUUGGGUUCUGUUAAUUAUUGUGAGUCAAGCCUUGAAUGGCUUGAUAAUGUCUGUGGUCAUGAAGCACAGUAGUAACAUCACUAGACUGUUUGUGAUCUCCUCCUCUAUUAUGGUUAAUGCUUUGCUCUCUGUCCUCCUAUUUGGUCUUCAUCUAACCACCUUUUUUUUCCUUUCUGUUUUGCUGAUUAGCUUCGCUGUUUACUUUUAUUAUGGAAUUAAAUAGCUUCCUUGCCUCUGUGUAUCUUUAGAGAAGUCAUUUAUAUGGAAAUAAUAUAUUUUAACUUGAAAAGAGUAUAAUAAACUGCACAAGUACUUUACACCUCCCUUGAGAAUGGCUUAUUAGCUAUUGUUUCAUACUUCUUCCUGAGCUCAGAGAAAGUAUUUGCUGUUUGGCUGAGCUGCAGCAUAAACCUAGUAUGCUAGUAUGCUAAUGUUGUCAUUAGCCAGCAAGCAUAGUUUGAGGAAGCAAAUUGUUAUCUAAAAGCCCACUUUCCUGUCAUUUUGAACAGGCAUUGGUGGUGAAGGAGAGAAGAGUGGUGUGUAUUCUGUAUAUAGCUGGUUUCAUCCCACAAGAGGUUACCGUAAAUAUUACGCUUCCUUUUUUUGGUUACAGCUCUGUAGGAUCUGCCACUCCUGAUAUCAAACAGGACUCCUAUAUAUCACUCUUCUAUUCCUUCCCACUUUAUUGUCUACCUAGUGUCUAGAUUCACGAGUCCUCAAAAGGAAAGAAUGAAUUAUUAUUUCUUAAUGAGCAAAAGCAGUCUCCCAGGCUCCCAUUUCUACAUUUGUGGAAAGGGAAGCUCUGUAUCUUUCUUUUCUUUUUUAACACUUUCAUUAUUACUAAUCUGGAAGAGUGUAAUAUGAACAGCUAUUUAUUCUGCACAGGGAAGUGUUUUGCUUUUGAUGUUCUUGGCAGAGGUUCUGCUUCAACCCAGUGAUUACAAGUGACAAGUGCCUUUUGCAAGUUAAUGCCCUUCUGUGUUUGUCUGCUCCUGAAAGAGUCCAUUGCUACCAGAGAGGUUGUGAUGAGUUGUGAAUGUUUUGGGGAAACCCUCCAAAAUAACUGGAGCACAGUUUCCUGUUACAUUGGAGGUUUUCCAAACAGGACUCAUUUCUCCCCUUCAGUAUUGAAUCUGAAUGUGUAGACCUGCCUCAAUAUACGACCAGAGGUUCCAGCCAUGUAAACACACAUUCUUAACUUUUCCAGGUGAUGUUCUGAUAAUUUGUAUUCUGCUGAAUUCAGCUGCUGGUAAUUGGGAACACUAUGCAAUGCAUCAUCAUUUCCUUAUUGAAGCAAUUAAUCCACCUCAUCCAACACUAUAGCAGACAUCCCCAAACUUUGGCCCUCCAGAUGCUUUGGACUACAAUUCCUAUCUUCCCCGACCACUGGUCCUGUUAGCUAGGGAUCAUGGGAGUUGUAGGCCAAAACAUCUGGGGAUGGCUGAUUUAAAGUGUUCAGGUAGCUUCUGACAACAUUAGCAUUUCUGCUGCCACACAGCUGAAAUUCCCCACACCCAAACAUUUCUAUGCACCUUCUGUGCUAAUGUCUGGAACAGGUGUAGUGGGGAACAGCUCUAAAUGAGAGUUAUGGUUACAUAGGGUUUUUUUAUUACCAUUUGUUUUGUUUUGUUUUUUGGAAUUUCUCUGUGUUUAUAUGUGGUGCUGCCACAUUUAUUCUAGCUCAUGAUUAUAACAUUUUGAUGGCUCAGUGAUUGGAUUGGAUUGUAUCUGGAUUGUUAUAUACUCAGGUUCGACUAGUAUCAAUUCAAUACAGCAAAAAUGUCUAGUUUGAAAGAAAAUUAAAAUUUCAUUUACAGGGU